GUGCGAUCGGUUGUUGUACGUUAAUGCUCCGUGUGCUGUGUGGUUUCAAGUUCUACAUGAGUUUGUCAGCAGUUGUGAGCCUAAGGUAGUGAAGUGUUUUUUACUCCCGCAGUUGCGAGUAAACUUUUCGUGAUUGAAUGUGAACUUUGUGAUUAAAAUAUCUUGUCUAAAGUGUGUAGGUGUAUCUAAGUUUGCUAUUGUAAGCAUCGAAAUAGCAUGGAUUUCCUGAAUGCCGAAAUGUUCGGUGACAUCAACACCGGAUCGUGCCAGAACGUGGAAGAUUGCCAGACACUGUUCCGCAUGAAUACCAACGAUCUGUUACCACCACCGCCAGCAGGUGGUAAUAUAGAUGAAAUGUUGAUGAGCGAUUUCUUCCCGGGCAAUGGCAUCGUUGAUAUGCAGUGCGUAAAGUUUGAAGCCGAAACGCCAACAGCAUUGUCCACGAUGUAUGGAGUGGAACCACCAAAUCACUACAAGAAAACGCCAAUCCUCGAUGAAUUUACUCAUCCGUUGCUAAGUUUCACCGUCGGUAUAAGUGGUAAACCGUGCAGUGCCUCAUCUUGGUGCUACUCAACUGAUCUGGAAAAGCUGUUCGUGAAGAAGAAAACUCCUGUUACAUUUGACGUUUCGUUCUCUCAGCCAACCGAAGGCACAUUGAAACUACGCAUCAUGCUGGUAUAUUCCAACUCACAGUACGCUUACAACACGAUCACCAGAUGCCAGGACGACAUAUCGAAGGAUGGCGCUAAAGAUUAUAAGUUCAAAGAACACGUCGUGCGGUGCUUGAAUCCGGAAGCCUCGUACACCGGUAGGGAAGAUGGAGUGAACUUUGAGGAUCGGCUAGCCGUGUUCGUCGAUCUGAACAAUGGCGGAUCGGUGAAUCAACAGAAACUACAGACGGUUCCCGUCUCGCUUGAAUUUCUGUGCCAAAAUUCAUGCCCAACUAUGGAGCGGCGUGCGACGACGCUUCUUUUCACGGCGGAAAACGAACACGGCACUCUGCUGGGCAGAAAGUCGAUCUGUGUCAAGAUCUGCAGCUGUCCUAAGCGCGACAUGGAGAAGGAUGAAAAGAAAGUAACGGGACGGGAGAGCAACAAGAAUAAACGUAAGCAAGCAAAUGAAACGGUGGUUUCUAGCACCGAUCAACCCCCGCGUAAAAUAAGCCGCCUUUCGAGUACGGAUGUUAAAGCUACAGCUAACAGCACCAUCUCAACUACCUCUCGUACAUCGCCCACAUCAGUGGCGGUGGCUACGUCCUCAAUGCUGGGACAAGUAAAGCGAGAACCAUCGUUCACUACGUUGGGGCGCUCGUUGAGCACUCUGUCCAACAACAGCACGGUCGACAACGAUAGUUCGGCUGUCGUGCUGACACUGCGGUUGCCAGAUUUGGCUUGCGCUGCAGAUGUAGCUAUGUACGCAUUCAAGCAUCUGAGUUCGAUCCUGGUCAGCUGCAAAGAUGAACAGGAGAAAACUCGAUACGCCCAAUAUCUCUCCCACUGUCGACGCGUAAGGAAAAAUUUCGAGAGAUCCGCGGAAAAGCAAGAUCAACCAAGCCUGGAUUAUGACUCUUCUUAGCCUACCUACCGGACACAUCGCACCAUGCAAAGCGAAGCAGUGCAAUGCAAGGAUGUAGUUAGGUUAGGCAGGAAACAUUAAUUUGUCGUAAAGCUGUAGUGUGAAGGUUAUUUGUAUAGAAGUUUAAUUAAUUGUUUAUCCAGUAAUGCGUAAUAGGCAACAGUACUAUCAUUGUACUUAUCGUUAAGCAUCAGGUGCAUUAAUGUUUGUAUUUUAUUUUGUAAAACAGUAAUGCAAAAGUGCACCUGGAACAGUACAUUCAGAUAAUGGCAAUUUGCGAUCACGCGCAAAUUAGAGUUAAUAAUGUAUGUUAAUUUUAUUCCCAAGUGUUACGUAAGCUAUCAAAGCCAUUGGACGUAUAUUCGUUGUUGACAAUGCGCUUAAAACAAUUGAGUUAACGAUCAAACAAUUAAUAUUUUUGUUGUAAACCAAUACUAACGAUACAUGUCAUAACAUUAACGCGACUAUAAGUAUAAAAGUAAUUAUCAAGUAAGAAGUUUGAAGAAUUCAUUGCAAAUGAAACUGAUAUAGUACAGUGUAUUUCCUAAUAUUUCGUUAGUUUCGGAUUAUUUCUAUCAUAAGGUUACCUACGAUGUAUGUAUAAUUCUGAGUGAAAAAUGCAGACUGUUACAGUUGCAUAAA